CAUCGCAUUGGACCGCAGAAAACAUCGGAACAGAACUUUGUCCAUUGUUGCGCCCGCACCAUGAAGAUCAAGACGCUCAGCAGGUCGCCUGCUACGACGCAGGCACCUGGGUCAAAUGUGACAAAGGUGCACCGCAAUCUGAACCCGGAAAUGCACCCUUUCGAGCGUGCUAGAGAGUAUACUCGCGCCCUCAAUGCGACAAAGGUUGAGCGCAUGUUUGCCAAACCCUUCCUCGCAGACUUCGAGCCAGGCCAUGUCGAUGGUGUCUACAGUUUUGCCAAAGACCCCGAAUCUCUCGAACACUUCGCAAGCGGCUCUGGUGAUGGGGUUGUAAAGUUAUGGGACAUGACCACCCGGGAGGAAUUGUGGCAGGCUCAGGCCCAUGAGAACAUGGUCAAGGGACUUUCUUGGACUCGCGACAAGAGGUUGCUUACCUGCGGAUCCGACCGCAAAGUGCACCUGUUUGAGCCAUACACCAAGUCCAAGGAGCCCGUCGGUACAUGGAUGGGUGCACAUGCUUUUACCUCGAUAUCGCAUCACCGUUCCAUACCAUCCUUCGCUGCUGCUUCGAGCAAUAUCGCUAUCUAUGACGUUUCAAGGGUCUCCACAGCCCCAGUUCAAAGCUUGGUUUGGCCAACCGCCAUCGAGACGAUCAGCUCUGUCAAGUUCAACCAGACGGAAACCUCGAUACUGGCAUCGUGUGCUUCUGAUCGCUCGAUCAUAUUAUACGACUUACGCACAUCACAACCGCUUCACCGCACUGUACUGAACUUUGCGAGCAACGACAUCUCGUGGAACCCUAUGGAGGCCUUCAACUUCGCCGUCGCCAACGAAGACCACAAUGUAUACAUAUUUGACAUGCGAAACAUGAAGCGCGCCCUCAACGUCCUCAAGGACCACGUUGCGGCCGUCAUGAGCGUCGAGUUUAGCCCCACGGGCGAGGAAUUGGUUUCUGGAUCUUACGAUCGCACUGUGCGUCUUUGGUCUCGAUCGUCUGGUCACUCUCGAGAUAUAUACCACACUAGACGAAUGCAGCGUGUUUUCUCAGUUGCCUGGACACCAGACAACAACUACAUCCUCAGCGGCAGCGAUGACGGCAAUAUCCGUCUUUGGCGUGCGAAAGCAUCGGCCAGACAAGGCGUCAAGUCGUUUGCCCUGCGCCAGAAACUCCAGUACGACGACGCACUCAAGGAGAAGUACAAGCACAUGCCGGAGAUCAGGCGCAUCGCCCGCCACAGGCACGUGCCCAAGUCCGUCAAGAAGGCCGGCGAGAUCAAGAGCGAGGAGCUCAAGGCGAUCAAGAGGAGGGAGGAGAACGAACGCCGACACACGAAGAAGGGACAGACGAGGAGGAAGUCGGAAAGAGAGAAGAUGGUGUUGGCUCGGGAGCAAUAGCCUGGUGCUCUUUCUUUUUUUCUUCGCCUCCCUGCACUUCCGCGGGGCAUGGUCUUCACAUCAUAUGUUGUUGCAUAGGUACGUGGCAUAGCGUCUGGCGUUUCUCUCUCGACUUUCUUGGACUCAGCUCCAACAAAAAAGGCCUCGGUUCUGGUAUGGUAGCCGUUACUAAAAUGAAUAUACCCAAUGUGCGAUAAGAC